UGAAGACCCUCCCCUUUUGAUAAAAUGAGCUCUGAAACAGACACAUUAUUUCAUUCUCCUCCUGAUUAAAGAUGGACUUGCAAAUCUCAGUUUUUCUCCUCUUCAUUCUUUUCACUGCAGGACACUCUCUCUACUGUUACGAGUGCCUGACGGAGAACUGUAAAGAAAGUCUCGUGAAAUGUCCCAUUAAUGCUACUAGGUGUGAGAGUUCAACUGUGGUGACACAAGCUGGGUUCUUUAGUUCCACAGUGAAGGUUAAAGGUUGUGCUGUUGCUUGUCAAAGCGGGUCCAUGAACCUUGGUGUGGUAAAGACGUCUACUUCCUGCUGUGGCUCUUACUUUUGUAAUGUCAAAGAUGCUCCAGAUCCCAGAGCUACUAUCCCCAAUGGAAAGACAUGUUACUAUUGUGAUGAGAAGAGCUGCUCAAACAUCAUGAGAUGUUCAGGGACUGAAGAUCGCUGCAUUACAGACAGAGGAACUUUUGGAGGCCAGUCAAUGAUUGUAAAAGGCUGUGUCUCUAAAUCCAUCUGUGAUGCCGCAGCAUCUGCUAACGCUCAGGGCGUUUCAUGUUGUGAGGGGAACCUGUGUAACAGUGAUAAGAGCUUCACUCAGAGCUACAUCCAGAGCGUCACCCAGAGCUACACCUUUAACGGUGCUUAGAGAGACAGAGCUUGAUGUUUAACAGUGUCACCCAGAGCUUCCUGUUCUCUGCUCUCCUACUUCCUGCUGCACCGAAUCCAGCAGCUCUUCUGAUUCUACAAUGAGACACGCUGUACUGAAUAUAGAGCUUGUAUUUCUUUGUAUUAUCCUUACCUGAAAUUAUCACAGAUAUAAAUCCUCUAUAAAAAAA